AUGGGGCUGCCGCCCGGGGCCGGGGUCUUGUGCCGCGGCGGCUGCGGCUUUUCCCGAUUGCUGGCGUGGUGCUUCCUGCUGGCGCUGAGCCCCCAUGCCCCCGGCUCCCGGGGAGCCGAGGCAGUGUGGACCGCGUACCUCAACGUGUCCUGGCGGGUUCCGCACACCGGAGUGAACCGCACAGUGUGGGAGCUGAGCGAGGAGGGCGUGUACGGCCAGGAUUCGCCGCUCGAGCCUGUGGCUGGGGUCCCGGUCCCGCCCGACGGGCCGGGGGCGCUCAACGCCUGUAACCCGCACAAUUUCACGGUGCCCACGGUCCCAGGGGACUGGGGAAGCACCGUGCAGGUCUCUUGGUUGGCCCUCAUCCAGCGCGGCGGGGGCUGCACCUUCGCCGACAAGAUCCAUCUGGCUUACGAGAGAGGGGCGUCUGGAGCCGUCAUCUUUAACUUCCCGGGGACCCGCAAUGAGGUCAUCCCCAUGUCUCACCCGGGUGCAGGAGACAUUGUUGCAGUCAUGAUUGGCAAUCUGAAAGGCACAAAAAUUCUACAAUCUAUUCAAAGAGGCAUACAAGUAACAAUGGUCAUCGAAGUAGGGAAAAAACAUGGCCCUUGGGUGAAUCACUAUUCAAUUUUCUUCGUUUCUGUGUCCUUUUUUAUUAUUACGGCAGCAACUGUGGGCUAUUUUAUCUUUUAUUCUGCUCGACGAUUACGGAAUGCAAGAGCUCAAAGCAGGAAACAGAGACAAUUAAAGGCAGAUGCUAAAAAAGCUAUUGGGAGGCUUCAACUACGUACACUGAAACAAGGAAACAAGGAAAUUGGCCCUGAUGGAGAUAGUUGUGCUGUGUGUAUUGAACUAUAUAAACCAAAUGAUUUGGUGCGCAUCUUAACCUGCAACCAUAUUUUCCAUAAGACAUGUGUUGACCCAUGGCUGUUAGAACACAGGACUUGCCCCAUGUGCAAAUGUGACACACUCAAAGCUUUGGGAAUUGAGGUGGAUGUUGAAGAUGGAUCAGUGUCUUUACAAGUCCCUGUUUCCAAUGAAACAUCAAAUAGUGCCUCUCCUCAUGAAGAGGAUAAUCGCAGUGAGACUGCAUCGUCUGGCUAUGCUUCUGUUCAGGGAGCAGAUGAACCACCUUUAGAAGAACAUGUGCAGUCAGCAAAUGAAAAUCUCCAGCUGGUAAACCAUGAGGCAAGUUCCAUGGCAGUGGAUGUUGUUCCUCAUGUUGACAACCCAACCUUUGAAGAAGAUGAAACUCCUGAUCAAGAGACUGCUGUUUGAGAAAUUAAAUCAUAA